UACGUUUCUGCUUUCGAUGAAACAAAGACACCAGCUCCUAUCUGCACAUUUGGUUGGAUAGCCUACAAAGACACUCCUAGUAUCAAUAUUGUCGUCAUGAGCGCACAAGGAAGGGCUCUGAGUUUAAUGGGUUUAUGGCCCUAGCAUAAAAAGAGUGCAGUUCCCGUUGUAAUAGAGAAAUGCUUGGUGAGGUAGUAGUGAACAGUAAGUGACAAAACCCAAUCAGAUAAUCUCGCCACCGUGGGAUCUGUUUGUCCUCAAGAUUCAGGACCAGACCUGUUUUUUCUUCACCGUCAAAUUUUAGAGGACUCCAACAGGAGGACUUUUUUUUAUCCAAUAUUUUGCGUUGGUUGCUUUGGAGGUCAGCCAUGUCCACUGGUGUGGAGAUUGUAGGCUUCUUCCUCGGCGUCGCGAGCUGGUUACUCACGGGAGCAUGCAUUACGAAUGACUUCUGGAAGGUCUCCUCCUUCUCGGGCAGUGUGAUUAUCUCCUCGCGCCAGUAUCAGAACCUCUGGCAUUCCUGUGCCGAGGACAGCACCGGCAUCAGCAACUGCAGAGACUUUGAGUCGUUGCUGGCCCUGCCAGACUAUGUUCAGGGAUGUCGCGCCUUAAUGAUUAUCGCCCUGCUUCUCGGCCUGGCAUCCAUCAUUGUGGCGGUGCUAGGACUGAAGUGUACUAAAUUAGGAAACACGUCCCGAGAGGCCAAGGGCAAGAUCGCCUUAACAGGAGGCAGUUUAUUUAUCCUGUCAGGCUUAUGCACUUUAUCUGCUGUAUCCUGGUAUGCUGGACGCAUUGUGCAAGAAUUUUAUGACCCUUUCUACGGAGGCAUAAAGUGAGCAUUUCUCAGAAUACCUGAUAGACUAGGUCAUGAAAUAACUGUACCAUACAAAUGCAUAUACC